GUGCCGCUUCCUGGGACCUCCCGUCCGUCUGGGUCUAAUGGGACUGUCGGCGUUAAUGGGGUUUCCAUGGCGACGCGGCGUCACGACACGCACAGAGGGACGCGGCUCAGUAUAAAAGACGCGCGCAGUGAAGCUCUGCAGCCGAGAGCAGCGGAACCUCCAGCGAGACCCGAACCGAGUCCUGCGCGUCCUGCCCGGACCUCCUGCACCUCCACAGUGAUCCUGUUCAAAGCUUGAUGAUGAAACAAAGAACGUUUCCAUAUGAGAUCAACCUCAGUGACGGUCCCGCCCCCCAGGUGGUCCGCCGGGUCUCCACCAACAGCCGAGAGCGCUGUCGCCAGCAGAACGUUAACGGGGCGUUCGGCGAGCUGCGGCGUCUCAUCCCCACGCACCCCCCCGACAGGAAGCUCAGCAAGAACGAGAUCCUGCGCCUCGCCCUCAGGUACAUCUCCUUCCUGGACCAGGUGCUGACGGACCAGGAGGUCAAGGGGGGGCGGCGGGGCCGGGCCGGGAGCGUGGGGGAAGAGGAGGAGGACGGGCCUCAGGGGACGAUGUCCCCGUCCUCCAGCUCAGCCGACGGAGACUCAGAAGGUCUGACGGAGGAUCCGGACUGUGGAGGUCUCCUGCAGUACUUCCACCUGGUGGGACAGAUGUGAUCCAGCAGAGACCAGCAGAGACCAGUCCGCACUGGUUUAAAACGUGGUCCUUUAAAAACACAUGUUGAUGUUUUGGACUCAGAGGUCAUGUGAUAUUCACAUCGUAUUAUGAACUACCGGAGACACGUUGACUUGUGUCCUCUGUUCUGCCGGAGAAGCAGAAGUUCUGCUGCCUCAGCGGAAGAAUCCGUAACCAGAUCCAGUUGCUUUCAUGUUGAAGGAACUUUUGGUGAUUUAACAGUUGUGUUUUGUUUGUGAUGCUAAAUGUGUUUAUGAAAGAACAGAUCAAUAAACAUUGAUUCAAUA